AAUACACACUCCUAGGAGGCUACGUAACCUUCGACGGAGGAGUCCAUAAAACUCACAUUUUCUUUUUCUCAAAAGAACAACGAACAGCUCUAAUAUUUUUUACAAUAAUUCUUCAGAGCUGUUCAAGUUCAACAACAAUUUGAUUUAGAGAAGACAAAACAAAUAUUAAUCAUAGUAACGAAAAACACAAACAAUUAUGUCGUACGGAUACGACGAUGAAUCCAGGAGGAAGAGGAGGUAUGUUGUUAUCACCAUCUCCUCUGUUCUUCUGAUCUCGAUGGUGGUCGCGGUUACCGUUGGUGUCAGCCUCAAUAAGAAUGACGGUGACUCCGAAGGUAAAGGAGAGAUAACGGCUUCCGUCAAGGCUGUCAAGGAUGUUUGUGCACCAACUGAUUACAGAAAGACUUGUGAAGACACUCUGAUUAAGAACGGGAAGAACACAACCGACCCGAUGGAGUUGAUUAAGACUGCGUUUACUGUUACGAUGAAGCAGAUCACGGACGCAGCUAAGAAGUCGCAGACGAUGAUGGAGCUUCAGAAGGAUCCGAGGACAAGGAUGGCGCUUGAUCAGUGCAAAGAGCUUAUGGAUUACGCGUUGGGCGAGCUAAGUAACUCUUUCGAGGAGCUUGGAAAAUUUGAGUUUCACUUGCUCGACGAAGCUUUGAUCAAUCUUAGGAUUUGGCUCAGCGCGGCGAUCAGCCACGAGGAGACUUGUCUUGAAGGGUUUCAAGGAACACAAGGGAAUGCAGGAGAGACAAUGAAGAAAGCGUUGAAGACCGCAAUCGAGUUGACCCACAACGGGCUAGCGAUCAUCAGCGAAUUGUCGAAUUUCGUGGGCCAAAUGCAGAUUCCGGAGUUGCACAGCCGUCGGCUUUUGGCCGAAGGUUUCCCUUCGUGGGUAGACCAGCGUGGGCGUAAACUCUUACAAGCUGCUGCCGUAUAUUCCGAUGCGAAGCCUGAUAUCGUGGUUGCCCAGGACGGGAGCGGUCAAUACAAGACGAUCAAUGAAGCGUUGCAGUUUGUCCCCAAGAAGAAGAACACAACUUUCGUGAUUCACAUUAAGGCUGGACUCUACAAGGAGUAUGUUCAGGUUAACAAGAGCAUGACUCAUCUCGUGUUCAUUGGUGAUGGUCCCGACAAAACCAUCAUUUCCGGAAACAAGAAUUACAAGGAUGGUAUCACCACCUACCGUACCGCCACUGUCGCCAUUGUUGGAAACUACUUCAUUGCCAAGAACAUCGGGUUUGAAAACACCGCUGGGGCAAUAAAACAUCAAGCGGUUGCGGUUAGAGUUCAAUCGGAUGAGUCGAUAUUUUUCAAUUGUAGAUUCGAUGGCUACCAAGACACGCUCUACACUCACUCCCACCGUCAGUUCUUCCGUGAUUGUACCAUUUCAGGCACCAUUGAUUUCCUUUUUGGAGAUGCAGCUGCUGUAUUCCAAAACUGUACUUUGUUGGUGAGGAAGCCACUUCCUAACCAAGCAUGCCCGAUCACAGCCCACGGUCGUAAAGACCCAAGGGAAGUUACCGGAUUUGUGUUCCAAGGAUGCACCAUUGCCGGUGAACCAGAUUACUUGGCUGUCAAGGAAACCAGCAAAGCCUAUCUUGGUAGGCCAUGGAAGGAAUAUUCAAGGACUAUCAUCAUGAACACUUUCAUCCCAGAUUUUGUUCAGCCACAAGGAUGGCAACCAUGGCUCGGGGAUUUCGGCCUCAAGACGUUAUUCUACUCUGAGGUCCAAAACACCGGACCAGGAUCCGCCCUUGCAAACCGGGUUACAUGGGCUGGAAUCAAGACACUGAGCGACGAAGAUAUCCUGAAGUUCACACCGGCGCAGUACAUCCAAGGUGAUACUUGGGUUCCAGGCAAAGGUGUUCCGUACACUCCAGGCCUUUUGGCUGGGAACCCGGCCGCUGCGACCACCACCCCGAGCGGCUCAGCUGCUCCAGGUUUCUCCACCUUCACGGAUACAAGUGGCUCUGACUCGAUUGCUCCAGCAGCUUCCCCGGAAAGUCCCAAAGAAGGACCUGUGGUGCUUCUCCUCCAUGGAUUCCCAGAUCUCUGGUACACGUGGCGUCACCAGAUUAGUGGGUUAUCAUCUCUAGGUUACCGCGCUGUAGCUCCAGACCUCCGAGGUUACGGAGACUCUGAUUCACCGGAGUCUUUCUCCGAGUACACGUGUCUUAACGUCGUUGGGGACCUCGUAGCUCUUCUGGACAGUGUUGCUGGAGAUCAAGAGAAGGUGUUUCUGGUCGGUCAUGAUUGGGGAGCCAUUAUUGGAUGGUUCCUCUGUUUGUUUCGACCUGAGAAGAUUAAGGGCUUUGUGUGUUUGAGUGUGCCGUAUAGAUCAAGAAACCCUAAAGUCAAGCCAGUUCAAGGGUUUAAGGCUGUGUUUGGAGAUGAUUACUACAUUUGUAGAUUUCAGGAACCGGGGAAGAUUGAAGCAGAGAUUGCGAGUGCAGAUGCAAGAAUAUUUCUGAGGAACCUCUUCACAGGGAGGUCACUCGGUCCGCCGAUUUUACCUAAGGAUAAUCCCUUUGGAGAAAACCCUAACCCUAAUAGCGAAAACAUUGAAUUGCCUGAAUGGUUUUCUAAGAAAGAUCUUGAUUUCUACGUCUCCAAAUUCGAGAAGACAGGAUUUACCGGUGGAUUGAACUACUACAGAGCCAUGGAUCUGAAUUGGGAGCUCACUGCACCAUGGACCGGAGCUAAGAUUCAAGUUCCAGUGAAGUUCAUGACCGGUGACUUCGACAUGGUUUACACCACACCAGGGAUGAAAGAGUACAUUCACGGUGGUGGGUUUUCAGCAGAUGUUCCAACUCUUCAAGAGAUAGUAGUGAUUGAAGAUGCUGGUCACUUCGUUAACCAAGAGAAACCUCAAGAGGUCACUGCUCACAUCAAUGACUUCUUCACCAAGCUUCAGGACAACAACAAAAGCUUUUAGUUAGAGUUCUUGUUUGGUUUUGUUAUGCUGUCUCUCAAAACAAGUUGGUUCUUGCAUGUGUUGUUUCGACAAGAUUAUGAAUAAGAUUUGGUAUUAUGAAGCUCAAUUGAAUAUAUGAACACACUGAAU